AUGUACGUUUGGACUCGAGCUCGUUCAUCUGCAAUUGCAGAUGACGGCAGUGCUUGCCAAGAUGGUCAUUUGAGCGCAUCACCACUACGUCUCCUCUGGUGCUUCCAUUUUCUCUGGUGCGUCCUUCUUGCACGACUUGAGAAGCUAUAUAUGUUUUGGCCGAGGACCGUCAACAUGAUCGUUUCCAGGCCAGAGAGCCUUGGAAUGGUUACUAGUGAGACUAGUGAGACUGGUGAGUCUGGGCGGCAAGCUGACUGCCUCUCAGAUAGCGGUGACAAGAAGAAGAAGAAGAAGAAGAAGAAGACGGAACCUUCGAUCUGGCAGUGUAGACUUAUUCUCCGGGUGGAACGAAGAGCCAAUGUCCUAGAUUGCAUGCCGAUUGGCGAGGAGAUUGAGAGCCGGGAUCCCCCAGGAGAUAUCUCCUCCCAAAGGAACGAGAAGUUCGCCAUUUACGGAAAAGAGGAUACAUUUUCAAAAGUCUCCCUACUCCUCAGAAGCUCAGGAAUCAAGCCCGGAUACGCUCUAAUUAUGCAUAUCCUUGCGGAUAAAGACGACCUCACUCAACUGAGAGUGAUUGUUGGAACUGAGACUUCGGUUCGUUCUGAAACCAGUAACUUUGGUAAACCUUUGAAGCUUGGAAGCUUGGAAUUGCGAAAACCUGAUAGCCCGCCCAUAAGGCCAGGCGAGAGUGGCGGUCAAGCGAGGAACAAUGUUAUAGCGAACUACGAUUCCACUUGGUUAGAGCCAACUAAGUGUGGUGGUGCUCUUGUGCGGGCCCCAAGCUAUGAUCUCAAAGGCUGCUUUGCCUGCCUUGAGGAUUGGGGUGACAAAGAGGAGAGGACGGUGUUGGAUGAUAGAUAG